AUGUUCUCCAGGCACGACAACAGGCUCGUCUACUCGUACGACGCCGAGAAGCUCUGGAUCGAGCCGUGGGGCCCCGAUUCGCUGCGCAUCCGCGCGACCCAGCUCAGCGCGAUGCCGCCCGAGGACUGGGCCCUCCUGCCGCCUCCCGAACCAGCCACCAGCCCGGAGAUCACCAUCUCCCCGGACUCGGCUACGCUCACCAACGGCAAGAUCAGGGCCACCGUCAGCGCGCGGGGCAAGCUCACCGUGUCUGACGCCCGCACGGGCACCGUCCUGCUCGAGGAGUAUUCGCGCAACCGGCUGGACGUGCGGGACCCCAAGUGCAGCGCGCUCAACGUGGCCGCGCGCGAGUUCAAGGCGGUGCCGCGGGGCGGGGACGCGCACCACAUCACGGCGCGGUUCGAGAGCCUGGACCGGCAAGAGCGCCUCUUCGGCAUGGGCCAGUACCAGCAACCGCUCUUCAACCUCAAGGGCGCCGACCUCGAGCUGGCCCACCGCAACUCGCAGGCCAGCGUGCCCUUCCUGCUCUCGUCGCGCGGCUACGGCCUGCUGUGGAACAACCCGGCCGUCGGCCGCGCCGUCCUCGGCACCAACCUCAUGACCUUCGAGGCCUACUCGGCCCGCGCCCUCGACUACUGGGUCGUGGCCGGCGACCGCCCGGCCGACAUCGUCCGCGCCUACGCCGCCGCCACCGGCAGGGUGCCCAUGAUGCCCGAGUUCGGCCUCGGCUUCUGGCAGUGCAAGCUGCGCUACCAGACCCAGGAGGAGCUGCUCGGGGUCGCGCGCGAGUACCGCCGGCGCGGGCUGCCGCUCGACGUCAUCGUCGUCGACUUCUUCCACUGGCCCCUGCAGGGCGAGUGGAAGUUCGACCCGGCCUACUGGCCCGACCCGGACGCCAUGGUGCGGGAGCUCAAGGAGUUGGGCGUGGAGCUGAUGGUGUCGGUCUGGCCGACGGUCGACAAGCGGUCCGAGAACUGGGACGAGAUGGUCGAGCGCGGCCUGCUGGUCCGCGUCGACCGGGGCAUGCGCACCACGAUGGACUUCCAGGGCGACACGGUCCACUUCGACGCGACCAACCCGGCGGCGCGCGAGUUCGUGUGGGCCAAGGUGCGCCAGAACUACUACGCCAAGGGGAUCCGGCUCUUCUGGCUCGACGAGGCCGAGCCCGAGUACUCGGCCUACGACUUCGACAACUACCGCUACCACAGCGGCUCCGUCCUGAGCACCGGCAACAUCUACCCGGCCGAGUACGCGCGCGCCUUCUACGAGGGCCUCGCGCGCGAGGGCCACGCCGACGACGCCGUCAGCCUCGUCCGCUGCGCCUGGGCCGGCAGCCAGCGGUACGGCGCGCUGGUCUGGAGCGGCGACGUCGCCUCGUCCUGGUCCAGCUUCCGCAGCCAGCUGGCCGCGGGCCUGCACAUGGCCGUCGCCGGCCUGCCCUGGUGGACCACCGACAUCGGCGGCUUCCACGGCGGCGACCCGCGCGAGCCGGCCUUCCGCGAGCUCUUCGUCCGCUGGUUCCAGUGGGGCGCCUUCUGCCCCGUCUUCCGCCUGCACGGCGACCGCGAGCCCCGCCAGCCCCAGCACGGCACCACCGGCGGCGCCGCCUGCCUCAGCGGCGGCCCGAACGAGGUCUGGUCCUACGGGCCCGAGGUGUACGAGAUCUGCAAGAAGUACAUGGCCCUCCGCGAGCACAUGCGCCCUUACGUCCGCCGGCUGAUGCGGCAGGCCCACGAGGACGGCACGCCGGUCAUGCGCCCCCUCUUCCUCGAGUUCCCGGACGAUCCCCGCUGUUGGAACACGGGCGAGGAGUACAUGUUCGGGGACAAGUACCUGGUUUGCCCGGUCAUGCAGCCGGGCGUCGCUAAGCUCGCCGUGUACCUGCCUGCCGGCGCCAAGUGGUCGGCGCUCGAAGGCGGCGGCGGCGGCGAGGAGAUUGAGGGCGGCCAGGUAAUUGAGGCAGACUGCCCCAUCGACUACAUGCCGGUGUUUGUGAGAGUAGCUGCGUAA